AUGAUUACAUAUCCUAAACUUUCAAGCUCAUCACCUCUACAUCAGACCGAAAAGACGUUGCUCCGGAUGUUAAGAAGUGCCUUAAAGAGAAUUCAUGAGAAAUGGAAAUCGUACAGACACAGGUUUGUGCCUUGGGUUGUAUUGAACUUGUCAAAAAAUGAGAAAACUCUGCGGCAGGUGACGGAACGCUCGAAAGACAAACUGGUCCCAGAUGAGGAGGUUUCACAGACUCUCCUGAAGCUCUUCGGGGUCCUGCUCAGGAGUCAAUGGGCAACUCAAGAACAGCUCCGGGCUGCUCAAGCUCACUUUUUAAGGCAUGUAACGCGUCAGGAGGACCGAGGGGAAAGUUUCCCUGUGUGUGGGGUCGAGGCCAUGUUACACUGUUUGGGCUUCUGCGUUGACCGGAAGCCAAGCACUUUGCCCUCUGCAGGAACUGGGGUAUUUGUCACCAAAGGAUUUGUGCCCAAAGGAACCACAGUCGCCAUGUACCCUGGCACGGUCUAUCAAGCAAAUGAGCCAAUUCUCCUCCAGUCCAUCAGAAACCCAUUUGUAUUCAGGUGUAUAGAUGGUAUUUUGAUUGAUGGGAAUGACAAAGGCAUAUCAAAAAUGGUCUUCAAGUCUUGCAGUGGCAGGGAUAGAAUAGGGCCUUUCCCAGUGAGUGACACCAGCUGGCUGACACCUAGUCCACAAAACCCGCUUGCUGUUGGUCAGUAUGUCAACAACUGCUCUAACAAUUGGCCUGCUAAUGUGUGCUACCAGGAGUAUGAUGUACCUGACACAUUUCCCUUGGAGCUCCGGCAGUAUCUUCCAAAUGUCAACUACAGCCAGGAAUCACAAAGGCCUCUACGCUGUGUUGUCCUGGUGUCACUCAGAGACAUUACAGCAGGGGAGGAGCUCUUCUCCAACUACUACACUGUUGUGCAUUAGAGUCAAAUACACCCACUGUCCUAAUUGGGUGUUAGUUGCAAAUAUUUCUACAAUAUUUGCAUUAAAACAAGUCAAAACAAAUCUUUGUGUACAGCCAAUUGCCCUGGAAUAAAGACAACAAAUG